UCCGGGGCGCUGCACUGCGUCGCCGUCUUUGCCGGGAUCCCGCUAGACCAGAUGACACAGAUCCUCGUUGACCUUAUCCAGAGAGCCAGGAGCCGGCACAUGGGUGUCUUCCACCCGUCCUUCAACCUGAGUAGGUGCCUCCGAGAGGGCCUCCAGAAACACCUGCCAGCCAACAUCCACCAGCUCAUCUCUGGCAAAGUGGCCAUCUCGCUCACCAGAGUGUCCGACUUGGAAAACAUCCUUGUGUCGGAUUUUCAGUCCAAAGACGAAGUCGUGGACGCCUUGGUUUGUUCCACCUUCGUCCCUUUCGUCUCUGGUGUAAUUCCUCCUUCCUUCAGAGGUGAGCGAUACGUGGAUGGAGGAGCAACUAACACUGUCCCCUUGUUGGAUGCCAAAACGACCAUCACUGUGUCCCCCUUCCAUGGGGAGUCUGACAUCUGCCCGAAGGUCAAGUCCACGAACUUCCUUCACGUGGAGGUCACCAAGCUAAGCAUGCGCCUCUGCUCGGAGAACGUGUACCUGCUGAGCCGUGUGCUAUUCCCCCCGGACAUGAAAGUGCUUGCAGAGCUAUGCUUCCAAGGGUAUAUAGAUGCGAUCAGGUUCCUGGAAGAAAGUGGCAUCUGUAACAGGUUCCAUCCGUGCCUGAAUUUAUCCCUACAACAGCCAGCCGUCCUUGCGCCCCCCUUUGAGACCACGAGCCUGGAGGCGUCCCCGGGGGUGGCCGCCUGGCCGACGCGGCCUGAGAGAGACAAGCUGCUGGACCAUCUGCAUCUCAGCAUCCUGCUCUGGGAUGAGAGCAUCCUGGAGACGCUGUCGCCCCAGCUCACUAUAGCACUGAGGGAAACAUUUAAAACCCAAGGCGGGUACAUGAGCAAGAUUUUCAACUUCUUACCGGUUAAGGUGAUGUCCUACGUGAUGCUGCCCUGUACGCUGCCCGUGGAGUCUGCGAUUGCUGUGGUCCAGAGACUGGUGUUGUGGCUUCCAGAUAUUUCUGAUGAUAUCCAGUGGCUUCAUUUGAUGACUUCCCAGAUUUGUUCAAGAGUGAUAAGUCAUCUGCUCCCCACUUCCAGCUGAGCUCCUUUAAAACACCCCCACCUGAGGUUUGCCGGCUCACUUCCCCAGACAGCCCCGCCCGGCCAGGAGGCCUCCCCACGCUGCUUCCGGGGCGUUGUGGACCAGACCCUCUCCUCCCUGUGGGACCCCAGGCUCCUGAGUGGCUCCUGUUCAUCCUGGAUGCUGGGCUCUUCCCCAAGGCUCCGGUCGGGCCUGCUCUGCUGAGCAUGCACAGUCUCUCCGGGGGGUGGGGGGUCCUCAGAGUCAGCGAGGGCCCCCCAGUCUCUGGCUCAAGUGAAGGUUGGGCCCACAUGCCCACCUGCCCCCUGGCCAUCCCUCGGCAGCGCUGCAACAUAACCUGGCCAGGGCAGGGCUCAGCCCCCCGAUCAGCUGACCUGUACAGCUUCCAAGUCACACGAGCCAGAUGAGUGACCUCUGUGGGAGACCCAGCCUUCCUCAUGGCCUCUGAGACGUGGGGUUUGAUUUCUUAAGGGAACCAGUGUAGUCGCUAAACUGGAUGUCUACUGCUGAUGGAGCCAGAUCAGCACUUCACAAACCAAGUUUUCUGGAAUGCUGGUAGAUGUUAUCAGGUGAUUUGAUCAGUUAGGAUAGACUGGAUUAU